UGCAAAUCUGCGGUUCAAUAAACCCCAGAAAACCAAGAAACUCGACCUGCUACUUUCUACUGACCUCAAAAAAAGGCAUCUCAUCUGGCAAAGUUGUGCAACUGUGUCUAGGAGAAAUGCCUUACUAACUGGCUUCUCCUACCAAGUGCUAUAAAAAGCGCAGAAUCUUUUGUGCGCGCUUAGUAUUAGCAUAAAUCAUGUUCGCAUUGUUAUUGAUGUUGACUUGCUGGCAACUGUGGAGUUGGCCCGCUGAGAGUGCUGCCAUUAGUGAACCGGUGCCAAUCCUCAAAUCGGUGGCCGAACAACUCAGUUCUGGCUCCUAUUUGUUUUCGUUCGAGGCUGCCGAUGGCACUUAUCGCGAGGAGCUGGGCCUGGUAAAGUCCAAUCCAAUGGCAGCCGAUCAAGAUGACGAUCUGGAGGUGUCCGAUUAUGGCUAUAUCGAUGACAGGGGCCUAAAGCUUGAAGUCAGCUAUACUGCGGACAGGAAUGGCUUUUUGCCCCAUGUUAGGUACGUUGCCAAGGGAGAGGUCUAUAAAUAAACCGAAGUAGAGCCAUUAUCUUUGAUGGCCACACAUUCUUGCAAAUGUUAGCCACACAAUUACCAAAGCC